AGUGGUGAUUCCUGUCAGGCGAUCUUAUUGGUCAGAAUCGCCAACCCCCAAUGGACUCCAAACACGCAAACUUCUCGGCCUGCAUGGAGCCUAUUUGUGUCCUGUUAACCACCGACAAGCAAUUAUCUCACGCAUGAAAUCUGCAUAUGCGUAACUAUAUUUCCGACAAUUCAGAUUCAGAAUUGGCACAGCUUCGUAGGGACAUCAACCACGACUACUCCUCCAUAUAACUCUCACCAUGAAUAUUGCAGAAAUAAUUCCCAUACUCUCCACCACAAUCUGGCUCGUGGCAUCCUUUCGUUUCUCAGUUGCUGAGGAUGUUCAAUCUAAUCAUUUUCACGAUCAGCCCUCUUCCCCGACUGCCUCGUUCCCACCCGGCCAUCUGAAGCCUUUGGCUUCCGAGUCUACCCGACUCCCCGUCUCGGUCGUCGAGGAGUUCCCCUCCCCGUUCGAGUUCUUUCGCGACUAUGUCUAUCCUUCCGUUCCUGUCCUCGUCAGGCAGGGAGCGCGGCGUUCGCCGGCCUUCCGGAAGUGGACCGACGAGUACCUGAAGGGCUUGCCCGAGUCUCAGGAACUGAUCCGUGUGGAGAUGCGGAAGGUGGAGGAAAGACAGCUACCGAUGAUGGAGAUGCCCUUGGCUGAAUUCCUCGACAGAUAUCAAACCCACGAUGAAUACCUUGUAGCAAGAGUUCCAGACUACUUGAAGAAAGAUGUAGUGCUUCCGUCAUCUUUGCACUGUGCUAACAUCACUGCCAAUAUGCUGGAAACGAUGCUGUGGCUUAGUAGCGGCGGGACCAAGUCUCACUUGCACACCGAUUACGUCGACAUCAUCAACUGUGUGUUCAGAGGCCAGAAAGACUUCCUGCUUGUCAAUUACACCAGGUACAGAGACCAGAUCGUAUACGACCAUCCGGAGGGCUUCUACUCAAGUGUAGACGUCGAACGAGUCGACUUGAACAAAUUCCCCGGGCUUAGAAACCUGGAGUUUUUAGAAGCAAAAGUGGAGGCGGGAGACUGUCUCUACCUCCCCUUCAAAUGGAUUCAUCAGGUGAAUUCGUAUGGAAGUAACGUCGCCGUCAACAUGUGGUGGAAUCACCAGGCCUACGUCGUACCCAGCCCGGAGUCCUGUGGGGGGGCCGAUCCGGGGCUCUCGCUGGCCGAUGUUCGCUUCUAUUACCACGAAGAGCCAGACGCUUACAAACAGGCCGAUCUCCAUCCAGAACUGGCUUUUGUCCAGAACCCGUCAGCAAGUUUGACUUCAUUUAUGGUCGCAGAAGAGACGGAAUCGUUGACAGAGCGCCAGUUUCUGGAAUUCAUGGACAUGAUAUUGCCCGGGUUGGACCAUGCUAACAUCUGGACCGAAGAGGCUUUGGAUAUCACACAUCAGAUAUUUCACAUACUUGAUAUCAAUGGCAACGGAAAGAUAACACAAGAGGACUCGGAGGCUUUCCCUAAAGACAUCAACAAUUUUAACCCCUUUUUCAUCAACCUUGGACAGAAGAUGAUGGUCUUGUGCGACAUCGUUGACGGUCAUAUUUCGAAGCAAAAAGAGGAGACUUUGAGAAAGUUAGAGAAAGACAAAGUCCAAGAUGCUGCAAAGUCGUUUCAUAAACCUAGCAGCAAGACCAGACAGAUGAACGAUCAAAUUCCCAUGCCUAAACAGGAAUUGUAAUGUACAAAUCUGAAAUUUGUAGAAAAAGUUGAAAGCUUCAAUUUCCUUCCACAAAUGAUUUUUCUAUACGGAUUAAUAUCGAAAGGAAGUCACUCUGAAACGUGAGUACAUGCAAUACAAUGGGAAUAAUAGUCUUGCAUUGCUCAGGUGCUGCAAAUUCGGUAUUUUUGUCCAUUCACCCUUUACCUAAAAUUAGAAUGAUUUAAAACCUUAAAACACAAUAUAUCAGAGAUUACACGUCUUAAUUGUAAACCAAUAUGUCUUGCAAUUCAGUUUAUGUAUUGAUUUGUUCGUAAUUAUUGCCUCCUAUCUUUUAAUCCAGAUUUCAAUUUCAAUAUUAUUUCCGCAUGUCUAUUUUUUUCAAUAGCAAUAAAAGCGAAAGAAAUCAAGUUAGUGCGACAUGCUUGAGAGUAAAGUUUUUGGGUGCUGCUGUUGCGGAUAAAGUGCCUUCAUCCUCACGUACUUUAACUGUCUGUGAAUGACUCCCCUAGGAUUUGCACACACUACACAAUGUGCCCUCGACCCAGUGGGAAUGGGCCGUGAUAGAUCAUUCCCCUUUUCGUUUUGUCGAUAUCCACCUGUCGACACGUUCAUGAACAACACAGGGCAUUAGGGUUCAUGAAUGACUCAGGGUCCUCGACUUGGAAGCGAAACAGUGAAGUUCACUGUAUUGCUUCUCGCCACAAAAUAAAUUUGUAAUGGUACAGAGCAUUUAGAAAACGUAGGUUGGAAGUUGCUGUCGGAAAAAAUUGCUCUCGUGGCCCAGUGAC